UCUCAAAACAACGAAAAAGGUUGACGUGACUGUCAAUAGUUAAAGAAUUUCUACAUCCAACUUUUCAUUAUAAUUCCAUGUAUAAAAAGUUGUAGUUGGAGAAGUUAUCAUUUUAUAAACCCAAUCUUUAUAUAAAGCAAAUAAUCAGUCGUUUCGUCCACAAAUAUACAGCUCUAAUGUGCAUCGAUAGCAAUAAAUUUGUGUGCAACUAAAAAUAGAUAGAAAAAAAAUAAUGUUCCGUCACAAACUGCAGAAAAACAAUUCGUUGAUAGACAAAGUUAUAUUUUUUGCAAUGUUCAGAAAUGUUGAUGCGGUGCUGUUUCGGGUGUAGUUUUGAUGCCAAAAUGUGAAAAGAGAAUUUUAUUUUAGUUUGCAUAUUUUGUCGGAGACUCUAUUUACGAUUCAGUGAUUUGAUAUAGAAAAUUCAAUAACAAAAAGAAGCGAAAGACAAGAAAAGAAAAACAUUAGAAAUUUGUCCACUUUUACAAAAGAUAACCCCCCGUCAACAUACACACACACUCACACACCAAAAAUCCAUUAGAUGAAAUCUCCACUGUUCAAAUAAAAUGGCUAAAGAUUACGACUAUUUGUUGAAAGUGUUGCUGGUAGGCGACAGUGAUGUUGGUAAACAUGAAAUCAUGGCUGGCUUAGAGGACGGUUCAACAGAAAGUCCAUUUUGUAGUGGAGGAGGAAAUUCAUACAAGACGACAACAAUAUUAUUGGAUGGAAAACGAGUUAAGUUGCAAUUGUGGGACACAUCGGGACAAGGGCGCUUUUGCACGAUAAUACGAUCGUAUUCGCGUGGAGCUCAAGGUGUUAUUUUAGUAUAUGACAUUACAAACAAAUGGAGUUUUGAUGGAAUUGAUCGCUGGCUGAAGGAAGUUGAAGAGCAUGCACCAGGUGUGCCAAAAGUGCUGGUUGGUAAUAGAUUACAUUUAGCCUUCAAACGACAGGUAGCGGCCAAACAGGCCGAAAUAUAUGCAUCUAGGAAUAAAAUGGCUUGCUUCGAAAUAUCACCGUUGUGUGACUUUAAUAUCAGGGAAUCAUUUUGUGAAUUGGCUCGCAUGGCACUACAUAGGAAUGGAAUGGAACGAAUUUUUCGGACCAACAAAGUUUUAUCGCUACAAGAAUUGUGUUGUCGAACGAUCGUACGUCGAACUAGUGUAUAUGCUAUAGAUACACUGCCGUUACCGCCAUCAGUCAAAAAACAUUUGAAAUCGUAUGCACUGACGUCGUCACAAUGCAUUAACACAUUAACGAAUACAAAGAAAAGUCGAUGCAAAACUCCAACCCAAAGUAGUACAAGAAACAGUUGUUCGAUAUCGUGAUUUGUUUUUCUGUUCUUUUUCGAUUGCGGUUCAAUUUGUUGUUUUUAUUUUUUGUUCUCGCGGAUUAUUUCUUAAAUCUCUACAAAACCCAAAAGAGGAAGAAUUUUUUUUCCUUCGUUUCAACAUUCAACCACUUCAAUUUAAUUGAAUGGUUGGCUGCUAAGGGGAAAGUACAUAAUUUUUAUCAUCGUUUCUAACUCGAUCAUUUUGUUGCUCAAUGAACUUCUUUUUUUUUAACGUUUUGAAUACUAAUAAUCGACCAGAAUUAGAAUUUUCAAUGUAGGAACACUGAUCAAUGGGUGAUGUAAGUACAAACAAAAUGAAAAGAAACUUAACACAAAAAAAAACACAAACAAAACAAAACAAAAACGUUGAAUAAUGAAACGAUAAAGUGGAAAAAGAAAAUAAGAAAAACAAAAACAAAAUACUACCUGUGCGUUGGAUGCAUUUUGUAAAUAAUUUUUUUGUAUGUGAUCUUACUGUAGUCUUUUUGUAUAAAGUCAGAGUGAUUUUUAUUCGAUAUUUAUAUUUUUUUCUUUGUUUUUUUUUUCUUUAAUUUUUUUUAUUAUUAUUUAAAACUGUAGAAUGUAAGUGAAACACACACUAAUAAUUACAGAAACAAAGCAAACAAAAAAGUUAUCGCAACGGAAUCCGACAAAACCAAAAUGCUGA